AUGGCUGUGAGUGCGGCAUUGAUCCGAGAAGAGGAAGGAGUUCAGAAACCUGUAUAUUUUAUUAGUAGAGCUUUGAGAGGAGCAGAAGAAAGAUACCCUCAGGUGGAGAAACUGGCUUUUGUGUUGAGUGUUGCUGAAUACCCUUUGAAGAAAGUACUACGAAGGCUAGAUCUGUCGGGAAUAUUAGCUAACUGGGCUAUUGAGCUGGGAGAAUUCGACAUUGAGUUUCUUCCUCGGAAUUCUCUCAAGGGCCAGGCACUGGUUGAUUUUCUGGCAGAAUUCACUAAUUUGCCAGACGUCACCAGCUGGCCAAGUGAUGAAACUUGGGUAGUUUAUGUAGAUGGAUCAUCUACGAAGAAGCAUGGUGGAGCUGGGAUAGUAAUGAUUACUCUCGAUGGGGAAGAAUUGUGUAGUUCAUUGAAGUUGAUGUUCAAGACCACAAAUAACGAGGCCGAGUAUGAGGCAGUUUUGGUAGGAUUCGGUUUAGCUCUUGAAAUGGGAGCCAAAUUUGUGGAAAUACGGAGUGACUCCCAGGUCGUCGUAGGGCACAUCCGAGAUGAAUUUGAAGCCAAGGGAGACAAGAUGAAGUUAUACUUAUCUAAAGUGCAAGAUUUGCAAACAUUAUUCAAUAAAUUUAGCAUUAUGAAAAUUCCGAGGCCAGAAAAUGAGAGAGCAGACCAAUUGGCCCGAAUAACCUCAACAGCCAGUGAAGAGAUUGAAGCUGAGACUCCUAUCCAAAUUCUUCUACAGUCAUCAAUUACCGAGACGGUGUCGGUCUCGACAGCCGAGACCAUACCUGAUUGGCAACUAGAAAUUGUGGAAUACCUGGAAAGAGGAGUACUUCCCUCCGAUAAAAAGCUUGCUACCCGAUUGAAGAUAAGAGCAGGAAGGUUUACAAUGGUAAAUGGAAUCCUUUACAAGAGGAGUUUCAUGUUGCCACUCUUAAAGUGCGUUUCAAAAGAAGAAGGGAACUAUAUCCUUAGAGAAAUCCAUGAAGGGAUUUGCGGAAGCCAUGCUGGAGCUAGAAUGCUGGCACAUAAAGCAAUCCGAGCGGGUUUUUAUUGGCCCAACAUGAACAGGGACUCGGCAGGAUUAGUCAAAAAUUGUGACAAGUGCCAGCGUUUCGCUAAUAUAACUCAUAAACCUCUUGAAGACCUGAGUGCAAUCUUUUCACCUUGGCCCUUCUCUCAAUGGGGGGUAAAUAUCGUGGGACCAUUGCCUCGGAGCAGGGGAGGUCUACGGUUUACCGUUGUUGCCGUGGAUUAUUUCACCAAGUGGGCAGAGGUUAAAGCCUUAGUGAAUAUCACAGCUAAGGCAAUAAAGCCAUUUUUAUGGAAGAACAUCAUAUGCCGGUAUGGCAUUCCCCAUACUUUUGUCACAGAUAAUAGCAAGCAGUUUGACUGCGACUCAUUCUGA